CCCCUCUCCCACAGUGAAGCUUCACUUCCGCCAAGCAGCUCGCCUCGCAGGUUGUCUGAGCUUCGGAGACCUGCCGCGCGCCAUGGCGUCCCGGGGUCGUCGGCGGAGGCCGGGCACGGUGGUGCCGGGGGAGGCGGCCGAGACGGACUCGGAGCUGUCGGCGUCGUCCUCGGAGGAGGAGCUGUACCUGGGCCCGGCGGGGCCGACGCGCGGCCGCCCCACGGGGCUGCGGGUCGCCGGGGAGGCGGCGGAGACGGACUCGGAGGCCGAGGCGGAGGCGGCGGCGGCGCCCGGGGACCUGCCUCCGCUCGUGGUGCAGCGCGGCGCGGCGGGCGAGGCGGCGGCGGCGGCGGGCGAGGCCUGGGCGGCGGAGGAGAGCCCGGCCGCCGCGCCCGCGCGCUCGCUGCUGCAGCUCCGGCUGGCCGAGAGCCAGGCGCGGCUGGACCACGACGUGGCGGCCGCCGUGAGCGGCGUGUACCGCCGCGCGGGCCGCGACGUGGCCGCCCUGGCCGGGAGGCUGGCGGCCGCGCAGGCGGCGGGGCUGGCGGCCGCCCACAGCGUGCGCCUGGCGCGCGGGGACCUCAGCGCGCUGGCCGAGCGCCUGGACAUCGUGGCUGGCUGUCGCCUGCUGCCGGACAUCCGCGGGGUGCCGGGGACCGAACCCGAGCAAGACCCCGGACCGCGGGCCUAGCCGGGCCCGGCUGGUGCUCUACCCCUCGACCCACAGCUCCACUUCCAGAUCAGAGUCUUACGGAUCUUCGGAUCUUCCUGCCCUGGCCGGCUUCAAACUUUAAUCCUCGGAGCUCAGCCUCCUUCCUGUGUAGCUGCGAUUUACAAGUGUGAGCCACCAGCUCCUGCCUGGCUGGCCAACGUCUUCAUCUCAGCCUCAAGAUGGAGAGGGGAGGAAGAGGCCGAUGGACACAUCAAACCUCAAACCUUUCCUUCUCCUGGUCAGUGCCUCUUGCUUCCCACGUGAGCCAGGAAUCAAGCAAGCUGGUGAUUUCCCCUCAGACUUCUAGCCCUGACUUGUGGAAGGCGAGGUCUCCCUCACUGUUUGCCCUGGUUGUGCAUUUGUUUGUAUUAAAUUAAUUCAACACACCGUUUUGGAGGUCCCAGGCCUAUCCCAACUGCCAGUCUCUGCCCACACAGAACUCACAGUGCAGUGAGGGAGGAAUAGGCCUUCAUAAAACAUUCUA